AGGUAACUGAGCUGCUGCGGCUCUCUGUUCGGUCUGAGCGGUUGCUCGCUGCUCCGCGCGGGAACCGGAGGCCCCUCUCCGGGGCCGCCACGGGCUGCAUCUCCCCGCGGCCGGCCGCUCAGCUGCUUGUUAGCAGGUGUCCAUAAUGUCCAGGGAACAGGUGAGUGUCAGUGAGCUCCUGCUCUCAUUGGACAGUUCAGAGCUGCGGGAGGCAGAGCAAGUGAGAGCUGCAGUCAACCAGCAGCUGAGUACAGACAAAGGGAGCACCGUCCUCUCCUCUCUAGUGGACUUUUACCUGGACUCGUCAUCAUCUCAGGCCGCACUCCUCCUCUCCUCCAUCAGGGAGCCACAUCACAAGGUGCUGCUGGAGAAGCUCAACGAGUCUCUGGGCCGACCCGGGACCAGACUGGCCACCCUCACCCUGCUGGGUCACCUGAUCAGGAAACAGCCACCAUGGAUUCAUCUCAUCAGCCGCUCGGCGCUGCUGUCCUCCCUGCUGCGCUGCCUCAAGACAGAUGGCGAUGUGCUCAUCCUGAUCACGGGGGUCCUGGUCCUGGUCACUCUCUUACCCAUGAUCCCUCAGGCUGGGAAGCAGCACAUCAACGAUUUCUUCGAUGUGUUCGGGCGCCUCACGUCCCGAAGCUGCAAAAACCCAGGUCAUGUGCCCAUGGUCUACAUGGUGCACCUUCAUGCAGGUGUGUACUCGCUGUUCCACCGCCUGUACGGAAUGUUCCCCUGCAACUUCAUCUCCUACCUGCGGCUGCACUACAGCAUGAAGGAGAACCUGGACACCUUCCAGGAGGUCGUCAAGCCAAUGUUGGAUCAUGUCCGGGUUCACCCAGAGCUCGUUACAGGGACUCAGGACUACGAACUGGACCCGUCCAGGUGGAGGUGUUACGAAGUCCACGAUAUUGUGAUCGAGUGCUCCCGAGUGUCCCUGGAUCCUCUGGAGUCUUCCUGUGAGGAGGACUCCUCAUCCUCCUCUUUGCUCAGACCUCCCCCGCUGUCUCUCCUCCCUCACCUGGACCUCACUUGCAGUCCUCAAAUCACAGAUGCUGUCAGCAGCUCAGAUGAGCUCACACCAACACUUCCUGUGCAGGCUAAUGAUGUCACAUGGAGCCCUGCCAUACAGUGUGGUUUGUCGACUCCCCCUCUUGAACAAUCUGCUUUAGGCUCCGCCCACUCACUGAGCCGGAGCACCUGUGUCUCAGGUGAGAAAUGGCCCUCAUCAGGCUCCGUUCCCGUGAGCUCACUUGCUGAAGAUAAACCUGGCAACAGCAGCCACGUGAGAUCUGGACUGCAGGUAAACGAUCAGGUAAAGAUGCUCACAGAUGGUGAGGGGUCAACCUUUCAGCCAAUCACAGAAAAGGAUGAGAGAGGCCUAUAUGAUGUCAUUAACAGCAACAGUGAGGAUCUUAACCCUGAGGAGUCCCAGCAGCCUCCUCCCUCCUCUUCCUCCUCUUCUUCUCAGCCCCGCCUCUUCACCUCAACCCCCAGUCGUGCUUUUUCUGCCUCAGACUUCCCCCCUGCUCCCUGCUUCACUCCUCCUCGCCCCAGCUCUGAGGAAGGUGACCCCGCCCACUCUGACUGUAGUCCCGCCCUUCCGUACGAGCCGCUGUUUGAGUUCGCUCUGCCUCGAGCUGCCAUGCUGUUCAUCGAAAAGAAGACGCAGGAAGUGCUGGAGAAGAAGGAGGGAGGAGUGAAAGGAGAGAACAGAGAGGAGGGGGCUGCGACCUCUGUCUCUCCUCUGAAGGUUCUGGACCAGCUGAUCAUCCAUGGACACGAUGCCCAUGUACACCUCAGCAGGAGGUUGUCAGCUGGGAAUAAAUCAGUGGAUCGGAGUCAUUUUGGAGGUAAACAGCAGAGCAUGAAAAGCAAAGGCCCCUCCCAGGAGGAGGAGCUUCAGUCUCUGAGGAACCAGCUGCUGCUCGUCCACAGUCAGCUGCAGUACGAGCGCUUCAAGCGGCAGCAGCACGCCAUCCGAAACCGCCGGCUGCUGCGGAGAGUCAUCAACGCCACGGCGCUAGAGGAGCAGAGCGCUGCCAUGAAGUCUCAGCUCGGCGUUCAGGACGACGAGAUUCGGAGUCUGAGGUCGAGUCUGGACGAGGAGCAGCGGCGGUACUCUGUGCUGCAGCAGGAAACGCACACACAGAACAAGCAGCUGCACACACACAUCGCACAGCUGCUGCAGCUGCAUCGAGAUGAGCAGAGAGAGAGCCAGAGACUGCAGGGUGAGCUUCAGGAGUGUCAGAACAGGCUGAGAGAUCUGGAGGCGGAGCUUCAGAAAGCCAAUAACAAGGCAUAUAAUGCUGAACACCUGCUGACCCAGCUGUCACUCAAGCUGUGCAGCAGCGAGCAGCUGCAGCAGCAGAUGUUCCUGCUGAACCAGCAACUCGUCCUGCUCAAAGAAACCAACGGAGCUCUGAGAGAGCAGCUGGAGGGGGGAGGGACGCAGCGUUGCACCGAGGCGUCCAUGCUGCAGUGCAGUGUCGGUAAGGAAUACCUGAGGCUGAAGGAUAGCGACGUCCAGCACAGACAGAAGCUGGAAGCGGCCAAUCAUAGGAUCACAGAACUGGAGAGCCAGCUGGUCAAGAAAGAUCAGCUGCUCCUGAACCAGAAGAAACUCCUGGAAGACACCAAGAACCAAAACAGAGCGGAGCUGUCAGCCUCAGACAGCCGCUGUGCCGCUCUGAGGAGCGUUAAUCUUACGCUGCAGACCGAGAUGCUUCACCUGUACAGUCAGAUCCACCUGGACACACAUGCGGGAGGCGGGGCUAACCCACACGGCCAGCGGCAGGACAUUAACAGCUCAGAUGGCGACACCUUACCUGACGCUCAGGGCAGCCCAGAGUCCUGCCCCCUCUCUUCUUCUGCUGUCGGGAUUGUGAAUGGAGCAAUGGAGGCCCUCUCCACAUCUCCCAUCUCUCUCUCACUCUCCCCCAUCGACUCCCCACUGGCUGUCGGCUCCUUCCUGGAGCAGCAAGCUCGGCGGCUGUUCGGACCCACGGAUCAGCGCCAGGAGGAGGAGGAGGAGGAGGAGGAGGAAGAAGACCAGGAAGAGGUAGUGAAGGUCCAGUCAGAGAGCCCUCCACUGGGUCAGGAAGUGGAGGAGGCCAUGCUCCUCACAGGGAGUCCUCAGACGGAGCCGAGCCGAGCGGCAGCCCCAAGCGUGGCCACUGCAGACCUGACACCCGCCGUCCAGCAGAGGAGACACGAACUGAGCAUAAUGGACUACGAUGAGAUGCUGCCCGACAUCUGAGGGACGAGGAGGAGGUGGACACAGAGCAACCAGCACCGAGAAGUCUGAAGCUGCUUUGCCUCACCUGAACCCAGCAGGUGGGGUCCUUGAGGCUCCGCCCUCACUCUGAUAAUCAACUAUAAACACAAUAACGGUAAUACAUUAAGCAAGGUUCUUCACCUGGAUCCUAGAUCGGCCUUGAUCUGAUUCAUUAGCAGUUAAUACACUUUCCAAUAAAGUUUUUUAUUUAUAUUUUGGGGACAAAAGUCUCUAGCUAGCUUGGCUAGCAUCCACAGACUGUAUGGGAGCAUCACUCAUACUGGUACAUGUUAAUCAGUAACAUCCAAUCAAAAUCCCAGAAUUUCACUCAGCAAACUGGAGCUCUGCCUUCUUGGAUGGUCUGUUAGUCCAAUGAAGCACACAGCAGCCAUAUUAUUGGUCAGAUAAUUGCAUUAAAAAUGCUCCAAAACGCUCCAACAGCACAAACUCGGUCCAGAGGUCCAGUUCAGGGACUCCAGUUAGCUGAGGUGAAGCCUAGCAGACAGCUAGCAACUACAGCUGCCUGAGUCAGCGAAUGAAAUUCCAGGAUUUGAUCUUUCUUCUCCACCCUCUUGUCUAAACGUGGCGACCUCUGGAAACACAAAGCCAACAUGGCAGCAGCUAAAACACUAAAGCUGAAGCUUCAGAGCGGGUGACGUGCCUUUGUCCGUCUUUUAUCUACAGUCUGUGUGGACAGCUGAUUUUCUUCUUUAAGCCAAAAAGUGCUUCAUGCCAAAUCGGCUGCGACCAAUGAUUGUUUCCAUUAUGGAUUUAUUUUCAUUGAGGCUUUAAAAACCGCUUCUCAGCAUUAAAAACGUGAAAUCAAAUAUUUGGCUUCAUCGUUGAGUCGCUGAUCGAUUACUGAUGCCAAAGAGUUGUUCUUCAGUGCUCGCAGACAGGCUGCUGUCAGAUGUUGCAUUGCUCCUGAAAGUUGCUCAGCGUGAGGAGACGAACGCUGUGAAAUAAAGAUGUGAGCGCUC